GACCAGAUCAGGGUCUCGUCCGCCUUUCGCCCGGGAUUAGCUCGAAUAGGCACCGGUGCUCCCAUGUUCCUUGCGAGGAUAAGAGGCUUGAAUAAUGCAUGGAUUGGUUGAUGGAUGGAUAGACAUUCAAAAAGGAGUGGAAAUCAACUGUAAGUACUCAGCCUGAGGAAAGCACCAUGACAGAAGAUAUUGGCACCAACGGCGAUACAUCUACCGGAACAGUUUCUACUGCGAGUACCGGAACAGUUUCUACUGCGAGUCAGACGCAUUCAAGAUGUGCCAUUGGUGUCCAUUGGUGAUUGGGUCCUGAGAAAAGUCAUCAAGAAGAAGUGUUGGUCUUCACCUCGCUAGGAAGGUCCCUACCAGGUCUGCUGACCACUCCCACGGUUAUAAAGAUAGCAGAAUGUCCCACACGGAUACACCUGUCCCACUGCAAGCCUGUGGCUCCCUUUUCAUCCAAGGACGAGUAGCGGUGGAAGUCCGGCUAAAAAGGGUGGGGUUGCAAUAGGCUGCCCUGGUAUCAAACUGGUGAAGAAUUCAGCUGAUCCGCACUUGAGCAUGUUAGGUAAAGGAGCGGCACUGUUGGGACUGCUGGCCUUGGUGCUGAUCAGAGCAUGGCUCCUCCUCACGGGCCAGUCUGGUACUGUACAUGUUCGUCACUGGAUCUACCAAGGACAAUUCCACAUCUCCAAUGGACGCCAAUGCCUGGUUUUCGUAUGUGAAGAUGGUGACCCUCCGUGCACAACCGAUGACAGAUCAACAAGUGUGGUGAAGCUGGAACUCCUUAUACACCCUACCACGUCAAGAAGUCGGCACACCAGCACCUGCGACGAGUCCAACACUGCACUGCAAUUCCACCUGCUAGUCCCAGACUUCCUCCCAUGCCAGGAGAGGAUGCAGACAGAAACCAUCUGAGAUCUUCAGGAUGGACCUGAUCACCACCAUGAAGGUGCACAACUCAAACCAGAUCAGCGCGGAGGAUUACUACGUCCUGGUCGAUCCAUUGAGGCAGAAGCGGGAAAAAGGGUGUUCAGGUGCCGUUAGCCUGAAGUCCAUCCUGGAGCAUAUGGCCUUGGUACUAACCGACAAAAGCAAGGAAGUCAUGUUCAUCAGGCCCACGAAGCUGAUCCGCACGUCAGCGGCCCUGGCCCUCGGUUAUGUGGACAUCAGGACUUUGGUGGAGAGCAUGUGUCGCUACAACCUCAACGAGGAAGACGUUACCUGGCUGCAGGUCGUCAAUGAAGAGUUUGGACGGUUGGCCCUUCCGCCACUGGAUGAAUUAAUCAUGGAGUGCGCCUUGGAGGAGUUUGAGCGCCGUUGUCAUAACAACAUUAUACACGCUACCCAGACACAGCAGGGUCUGGGCAUUGAGUACGAUGAGGACAUGGUGUACGACAUGUGCCAGUUCCCCAAUAGAGAGGACAACAACGAGAUGGUUUUCUGCAAUGAGUGCAAUAACUGCGUCCACCAGGCAUGUUACGACAAACAAAAACUCCCAAAGAGCAGUUGGUUGGUAUCCUGCCAAACUGCCAGUUGUGCCCGAAGAUGGGCGAUGUUAUGAAGCCCACCCGCAGUGGAACCAAGGGGGUCCAUGUCAGCUGUGCCUUGUGGAUCCCAGAGGUGAACAAUGGGAACCGGAGAAGAUGGAGUCGGUCACCAAUGUAUCGCACAUUCACAGCAACAGGUGGGCACUCAACUCCUGCCUGUGUAAAGAAAAGAUGAGAGCCUGCAUCCAGUGCUCCGCCAAAAACUGCCGCAUUGCCUUCCAUGUGACAUCUAGCAUCCACUCUGGCCUGGAGAUGGCCACCAUCAUCACCCAGGUGACAAAGUCAAGUUCAAGUAUUACUGGCCCAACCACUCAGGCCUUCAGGGCAGUGACUCUGUGGAGCGGGACCUUGGUAUUUUGUUAUGAUGAAGUUCCUUGUAACUGUAAUGACUGUAUUGGGUUUGUUCUGCCUUUUCCUUUUAAUCCCAUGUUGGAACUAUAUGAUGGCUAUAGCAAGGUCAAAUCUUUUUGUGAACUGUGCCCUUGUACAACAAGUAGACCCUGAUUAUAUGCAGCUACAGCCAAAAGGAAACUUCUGAUGCUUUUUAAACCCUCAAGUAUAAAUGAUGAACUUUCUGUAAAUGCAACAUCAUUCUGA